AUGUCUGACUACGUUCCAAUUUUCAAAAUGCCCGCUGACAAAGAGCUUCGCUACUGUAAGCUUUGCUUUUGGGCGGGAACUCGAAAAAGCCACUUGAGACAUCUGCGAACCGACCAUUCUGAGCUUUUCCUCGACGGAAAUCGGCCGCGAUCUUCUGAGUUCUGCUCUGCUUCAGAACCAACUGAAGAGCGAACUUACGACAUUUCCAUCGAGCAUUUCAUCAUCAAAGAAGACAAUCAAGGAGGAAAGCAGCUUUGGGCAAGAAUCAAAUGGAACCUGAACAACAACAAACGAACACGAUUUCAACUCUCCUGGGCAAAAGGAUACGUUUUCUUCGACAACGCCGAUUUGGAAGAAACCAUCAAGCGCACUCUUCAGAAACAAUAUACGAAAUGCGGCGCCGAAAAAGCCAAGGAAAUUUACGAUAAAAUGAAAACUGUCGCCACCACCCACGAGUUUUCGAAUUGUGCUAUCUGUUUCGAGAGAAUCGACAUCGACGACCUCUGCAUCUUCCUGACCACUGCUGAAACGACCUGUAGCGAUAAAGUCAUCCAUGGAAUCCACAAAAACUGCCGAAACACCGAUAUCGCUACUGACUUCGUCGAGUGCCCGCAUUGCAGACAGAAAGGCUACUUCUAUCCCUUCCUCAACCCUGGAACUGCCGACAACAAGCAAGUACCCGGUGACAACGUGAUCAUCCUCGACGACACUUUCGACGAUAUGCCACCUCUUUCUCCUUUGUAA